CGAAGCAUUACGUAAUUAUAUUGCCCUCCAAUGUCGACUCGAGUGGCGUCGUGGUAGAAGCACCCCCCUUUCAACUAUCACUUUGGAAGGGCAAUACUCCACUGUUUUUUCCAUCGACAAUGGAGAAGCAAGUCGAACAGCUCGUGGAAAUGGGAGCCAGUCAAGCUCAAGCACGAGCCGCUCUCACGCAAUACAAAGAUGUCAUGGAGGCGGCAGAACAUAUCUUCGAGGGAAAUUUUGACGAUGUGACUGAGGACAACGAUGUCCAGAUGGUGUCCGCCGAACCGAUGGCCCAGACGAAGCGACAUAGAAUGAAUACUCCCGACGAAGGAGAGGACGAGGACAUACUAAUCGACGAUGAGGACGAUGAAGAAGAAUUCGUGGACUACGAUUCGGAUUAUGAAAACAUGCAAAUGGAUUUUACCAAGACCACUGCCGAUGUCGAUCCAUAUUCUGGCAUCUUCUUUUCCAAGGAUCGUCGAGAAGAAGUCAUCGAAGUAGGGGAGGACCCUGAAUCCACCGUUAUUGAUGGCAUCCAGGUCAAGAUUAUGACUCAAGGUGAGUGGAUGAAGGGUUGCCCCGAGGGCGGAGAACAAAGCUUCUUGUUUGCUUUAUACUCCCAAUUAACCGAAGGGCAAUGUCCCUGUCCUCAUGAUUGUGGCACUUCCAUUCCUCGGUCUAAAGGCGAUUUUUUUGCCAUUUUCCCGGAUUUUCCUACUUAUAUCGAGCAUCUUCGAAAGAUCAUUCGAAGAACAUGCGCGCAAUGCCGAAAGGAGUAUUGUUAUGCAUGCGGUGAAUCCAUCUCUACAGAUAAAGUGCACAGACCGUCUGCCGCCACGGACGACAACCCUUUGUUCCAUUGUUCUAACAUGCAAGGUGUAAUUUUGGGUGUUGGGAUUUCAAUGCUUGAGCAAAUGUUUGUGGACCAGAUCAAUGAGACGACCCAUAAUAAAGAAUCCAAACCGAGAAGUAGCAAACGGCGCAAACCCAACCCGGGAAAAGAUCUCGAUGAUGAUGAUGACAUUUAUUAUACACCAGUUGGGGGAAAGCGAGCGAAGGGAGGAACCGGUUAUGCUGGAGACCAAAAGGAAGACAAUUCCGGCCAGGUGGAGGCACAGGCUAUACAACAGGCGAAGGACGAAAGGAUUGGAGGACUGCUAACCGCAGUUCGAGUAUACCUGCCAUCGCUACGCAGGCUCGGAGGAGGCCAAACUAGUGACUAUCUUGUCCAUCCAACUGCCCUAGCCCACCUGCGACGACGUUUCAAUCAUGUCUGCAGUGUCCUGCUUAGGAAUGACUCUUUGGCAGAUAUGUCUGAGCGUUCGGUGCUCUACUUCGAACUUCUGGAGUGGCUAGAGACAAUAUCAAAUCACGAAGCUUUGGCGAGUAUGAUGGCUAUGCCCAUCAUGGCAGUAGCAUCUGUUAAGGCUAGUACGCCAAAGAAAGGGUCGAAAUCCCAUAUUCGAGAGCGUACAAUUGUGUAUGAAGGCAGCUCUAGUCCCCGCGAGUUACUGGAAGGUAUCGUCAUCCAAGCGCAAGCUGCUCUGAAAGGUCUGGAGGGCAUGAAGCUAGUUGAAGAUGGACCUAAGGAAUUGACGGAAGAAGAAAAGCGGAUGACCAUAAAUCCCAAAGGGAAAGCUAAAGAGACCGAGCCUGUUGUGUCUGAAGAGAAUCAAGCCCUGAUCAGUUUCUGUCGCCGUAUUCUCUCCACGACGACUGCAAUCGACCGUUCCCUUCGUGAUACAAAAGGCGACGCGUUCGUUGACAGACUACACGCCUCUCUUCCGAAGAUUCUCACAUCCUCUUCUCAAGCCGUGUACGUGGAGGCUGGAACAACGGAGGAGAGUGCCAAGAAGGCUUACCUGGAAUGGGCGACUAGCGUUAGAUUUGAGUACUGUGAUCUCACUCUACCGUCGACCGAUAAAGACGAUCCGGACAACCCUGUGCCUCACUACAAGUUUUAUUUCAACCAAGAAGCUCGGAAUCUAGCGAACAUGGAUAUUCCGAAGCGCUCUCUGGCAAUCGCGAAAGAGCUCGCUAUUCUGACGGCUAAUUUACCCGUUGCGUGGGAUUCGUCUAUAUUUCUACGAGUGGAUGAGACAAGAGUGGACAUAAUCAAAGUGCUAAUUACUGGGCCAGAGGGAACUCCGUAUUAUAACGGCUGCUUUCUCUUCGAUAUAUUCCUGGUGCAGCGUUAUAACGAGGCUCCUCCUAGUGUCAAAUAUAUGACGACGGGCGGAGGAAAGUACCGCUUCAAUCCAAACCUGUAUGCUGACGGGAAAGUAUGCUUAUCCUUGUUAGGAACAUGGACCGGACCAGGAUGGGUGUCCGGAAAAUCAACGCUGUUGCAGGUUUUGAUCUCAAUACAAUCGAUGAUUUUAUGCGACGAACCUUACCUCAAUGAACCUGGAUGGGCCAGCAGUGCAGGAACACCACAGUCCCAGGCGUAUUCCGCAAACGUGCGACGCAUGGUGGUCAAGACUGCGAUGCUCGGCAACUUGAAGAAUCCACCAGAGCCAUUUGAAGAUAUCAUUCGAACACAUUUCCGGCUGAAGGCUCGUACGAUUUCUGCUCAGUUAGACCAGUGGCUUGCCAUGGAUGACGGAAAGCCGACGACUUCGGAUGGUGGAGGAUACGGAGGAAGCGAGAGGGUUGCUGGAGGAAGUUCGAAUGGCUUCAAGGCAGACUGCGAUGAACUCAAGGCAAUACUGAAAGACUUGUAGAUGAUAUUUAUGCAGAGAAAACGCGUGCACAUAAGUCCGAGCAGUAUCGAGUUAUAUAAUACAAUUUUGACUUUCAUUACCGG